AUGGUAUCCAGUCCUGCAAAGGGAGGAAAAUGCCCCGUAGCCAACCCUCAGAAGAGCUCUAUGUUGUGUUUGAAUCAAUACAUCCCACCUGAGUAUUUGGGCAACCUAAGAAAACACAAGUACUCGGGCUGCGACCGCUCCAUCGUAAGCCGUUAUCUGAUGCAGUCCUAUUGGAACUUUGUUGUGGGUCUAAUUCCCAUGACAGUCGCUUCAAAUAUGAUCACAUUCAUCGGCUUUAUCGUCGGGUUGUCAAGUUCCAUCCCGGUGUUAUACUACUACUAUAUCCAAAAUGCGGUCUAUCCUUCGUGGGUGUGGUACUACGCAGCCGCUAGCGUGUUUUUUUAUCAAACGAUGGAUGCUAUAGAUGGUAAGCAGGCACGUCGAACAGGGACAUCAAGCCCUCUUGGUGAGCUCUUCGAUCAUGGUUGUGAUGCCUUUUUGAUACCCCCUUUACAGAUGAACGUUGUUUUGAUGGCCAACAUGCCUCCAUGGAUGACUUUUAGCUACUUUUUAUUAUCAUCGCUGGCGUUGUUUGCAUCAAUUUGGGAACAAUAUAGCACCGGUACUCUUGAUUUAGGUUAUUUUAGUGCACCAACUGAAGGGAUUCUGUUGAGCUGUGUACUCUUCGUCCUUACCGGUCGCUACUCGACUUCCUUAUAUGAUAAAACGCUCAUAGGUCCCUACAGUAUUCACAUCCCUGAUAGACUGACAACCUUGUUCUCGAAAGAUCUAGUAGUUCUUCAAAUCGGGUCAGUUAGGAGUAUUGGCUUCUUGUUCUUUUGUUUUACGAGCGUUUUCACGAUUCUUACAAACAUUGCGCACGUCAUUAAUACUCCAACUGUACAGAAGAGUAAGCUCACGUGUUUUUUAAUACCGCUACCAGUCGUCGUGUUAGCAGUAUUACACAUUCUCUUGUACGGUGUGUAUUCCGAUGUUCACGAUGCGUUUCCACUAGCCUUUGAGCUAAGCUUUGCAUUUCUUAUCUCAUUCAUGUCAACUCGCUUAACGUUGUCAAGACUUUGUGGGAUGCCGUACUCUUACUUGAACCUACUUUUUAUUCUAACCUUUGUUAUCACAGGAACUUCGGUUGUGACGCACUUUUACCCAUUGUCUUUGUCUAAACACUCUAAUGUAAAACGCUUACUCGGAAUAUCUAUGAUGUUCCUCACAUUCUUUGGUGUAUUUCAAUAUAUGCACAUGAUCGUGAGCGUUUUCCGGCAAAUUGCGUCAUUUUUAAACAUCAACAUCCUAUUCAUCACACCAAAAAGACAGGAUUAG